GAAGAGAAGCACAGUGGAGCUAAUGCUCAUCAGCUCACGUAAAUCAGUGGAAAAAUAAUAGAACUGAUGAUUCUGUCUAAAGAAAUUUCUAUAUGAAACGUAUUGUCCAUCUGUAAGUUCACUGAUCAGUGUUGUGAAAGUGUGGCUUCAGCUCUACAGUCGUCAAACUCCUGCCUUAAAGAACUGGAUCUAAGUAACAAUAACUUGAAAGAUUCAGGAGUGAAGCUGCUCCACUGAAGAGUCCAAAGUGCCAACUGGAGAAGCUGAGUCUGGAUCAUGUCUUUGAUUAUGGAUUAUAUCGGAGAGACCAUGAGUAAAGCAGAACUACAAAACUAUUUCUGUCAUCUCACACUGGAUCCAAACACGGUACACAAUCGUCUCUCCGUUGUAGAGGGCAACAAAAAGUUGGUAUGUAAUCCAGAACCGAUGUCACAUCCUGAUCAUCCAGAGAGAUUUGACGGCCUUCCGCAGGUUCUGUGUAAAGAGCGUCUGACUGGACGCUGUUACUGGGAGGCUGAAUGGAGUGGUUUGGGUGAUAUGGUAGUGUCAUAUAAAGGAAUCAGCAGGAAAGGAGAAAGUCCUGACUGUAGGUUCGGAGCCAAUGACAAAUCCUGGAUUCUGAGCUGCUUUGGGGAGAAACUGAUCGCCUGGCAUGAUAAUAUGGGAACACACAUACCUCCUCCAUCACCUCCCUUAAACAGAGUAGGAGUGUAUGUGGACGAGCCGGCCGGCAUUCUGUCCUUCUACAGCAUCUCUGACACACACGCACUCAGACACUUACACACAUUCAACACCACAUUCACUGAACCCCUCUAUGCAGGAUUUGUGCUUUAUACUAAUUCAGUGUCUCUGUGUGAUGUUGAACCAGAGGUUGACCGAUAGUGGAUUUACCGAUAACUAGGUUGGACCUCACUGGCCUAUAACCGAUUAAUCAACCGAUAGUUUUUAAAAUGGAUUCUGACUGAAAACAAGACAUAAAAUUGUGCUGAACUUUAUUACAAAAAUUGAAAAAUAGUACUGAACAAUGAAGCUGUACUGUACUUUUUAAAUAGACAAAUAUUAAUAUAUGAAUUAUACCUUGAUCAUUCAUGUUAGUUCAUAGUGCAUUAACUAAUGUUAAGAGGAACAACUUUAAAAUGUAAAAAUUUGUUAGUAGUCGACAUUGUAAAGUGUCACCAUUUCAUAUAAAUCCAAACAGUCAUGCUAAAAGAUGGCCAUCUUUAAAUAUCUAUACAAAGGCCAUAGCAUUAAAAUUAGACACAUUUUAAAUCUGAAGCCGUAAGUGUAAAAACAAACAGC